UGCCAAGGGUGUGAACGUGUGGAGUCACUGGAUACCAAGUUUUGUGAUUCCGAUCUUAAAUUACCGAGUGGCAGCAUGGUAUUUAUGAUAAUCUAAAUAACCUGCUGCUGAAGGCCUGGAAAAUUCCCAAGAAUAAUCCGGUGUAGAUAGCUUUUUAACAGAAAUAUGGAAAGAGACACUGAAUACCCGAUCACAGACUCGACCUGUGGUGUUGGCGACGCUCUGGCAGGAGAACCAUACUUUAAAGACGAUCAACAAUGACCUUAUUUUAAUGUAUGCCAUUGUCUCCAGUGGCUAUAACACUGCUACAUCAACAAGGAUAAUCUCGUGUUUACCAAUGGAACGUUGUGCAAGUCAUAUAAUAUGAAUUCAGACAAUAAUACAACACAAUAUGACGCAAGGGGCUGCAACAAGUGGCAACUCGAUGCUCUCCAAACCCUUGUAAUUUGACAAGUACUGAAGAAAACUUAUGAUAUUUCGUCAGUUUAUCAUCGAAACGUUAGGGACUCAAUCUAAAUGUAUACAACUUUAACAAGAGAGCCGAGAACGCAGACAAGGGCGGUGGAGGCGACUACAACGAUGACUACAACUGUGCAGAUGGUUCCACUGGUGGGUCCUGCUUACCUCAGACGCGGCGCACAGGUGUGUGGCAGGAAGGUAGGCAGGACCUGCAUCUUCCUACUGGCGAGCUUCGGCGUCGCCUGCAGUAUGAUAGGUGUGGUCUUGUUCACCUCUGACCUGCAAAUGCUGACGGGGUUCUGGAUUGCUGGCACCUUAAUGAUGGUUCUCGGAGUUGUGUUGAUGUUGAUGUUCUUCACUCUGUGUUGCAUCGCCUGGCAUGCUUUCCAGGCUCUUCCAUCUGGACAUCCAGACCGUGUUAAGUUGUACCGCCCUGUUCCUGUGGGCCCUUUGCGAACUUCCAGCACUUACCAGCUCCUGCCGAGACAGGCUCCUAGUUAUGCGCCGGUGCCUGCAGGGCAACAGCCUGGUGCCUGUUCUUCAUCACCCAGAGCACAGCCAGGUAGCUACUGUAAGUCACCUGGUGGGAUGAUAUCUGGUUAUCCUUCAUCCCCUGGGGAUCUUACUAAUGAAUAUUCUACGUUACCUGGAAGAUUAACCCCUGGCUAUCCUCCAUCACCUGGAGGACUGUCUGCUGGUUAUCCUACAAUACAUGGAAGACGGGUUGUUGGGUAUCCUUCAUCGCCAAGACGAAAUAGCAGUGGUUAUUCGACAUUACCCGGAGGCAGGGCUGUUGGCUAUCCUAUGGGGCAAAGUCUCGGCACUCCUACUUCCCCUAGAGGACAACAUGCUGGUUAUCUCACACCACACGGAAGCCAAACUGCUGACUACUCAACUUUACCUGGGGGUCGGGCCGCUGGCUAUCACACGCCGCUCUUAAUGCAACCCUUCAGCUACCUGGAGUCACCUCGAGGGUCAAUAGGGGGUUACUCUACACUGCCUGUACAACACCUCACUCCUGGAUAUCGCUCGCCAGUGGGAGAACGAAGCCCUGGCUACCUGACACCUACUGUGGGCCAAACAAUGUACAAAGAUGAAGUGAAGACUAGGUUAUUCGCACCUGAAGCCAGCGCCACCUCAACACCCCAAGGAACCUACAAAAGAAGAGAAGAACGGCCGCAGUACUCUAAUGGCCUCCCUGAGUCUUAAAUCCUCAACAAUCUUUGCUUCCUCUCUAUAUGAAAGACAACAAGCUGGGGGCAGGUGCCCGCAGCUCCGUUACCGAAUGUUUUACAUACGAAGUGAUACUUUUGUAUCGAAUUAGGCUGGUACUUGAUUGAAGGGAUAUAAAUAUGUGGGUUAUUUGGUCCCGAGGCACGAUAGAGGCUCGGUCCUCUGUUCUUUUAGACGUAUCACGGACACGUUACCAACUGUAGCUGCUCUAACAGCCACUUGCAGUACCUGUUUGAAAUACUUGCAUUUGUUGAUAUUAGUCCUUUUUAAGAGUUUAUUACCAGGAUGCAUUUCUCAUUGCGCUUUGUGGUGCGUUUCCUCAUUCGUUUAAAUACUCGAUAACUGAGAAGAAAUGUGAAGUUGCUGAUUAUACUGUGUUUCAUGAAGUCCUAAAGCCGUGUGAGUUAUUGAACACAAAGAAGUGAUGGAGACUCGAUCCUCCAUUCCCUAGUCGCGGAAGGGUUUCCGGCAAGUCAGGCUAUUGGUGACCACCGACACGUCGUAAAUCAAACUUUCAUUUGAGACGUUUUGCUCUGUGUACUGCUUUAGCAAAUGAGAUCUUGAGAAAGCUCUACAUAGAGUAAAACGUUAUCCCCGGAAAAUAAAAGUCCUGCAAGGUUUUUUUUUUUCACUGUUAUCGGCAGUCAUUGUGACGCCACUACUCAGUAAUUCGUAUAUAUGAAAGGGGACACUUGCGUCCAGUUCAGGACACUUUUCAAAGAAAGCCGUAGGACCUCUUUUGGGUUUAGCACUUAAUUAUAAUGAUAAACUUAUUAACGAAAACGUUUUCAUUAAUAAACGUCCUGAACUGUACACAAGUGUCCUUUUCCACAGUCUGUCGGUAUCACCAUACCAUUUACAACCCAUUUUUGAAUACCUUAGUGAGUCAAAGGAGGUGCAUUUGGGAAGCACCUGUGUUACGUACUGUAUUCCGAGGAGGCAACGUUGCUACAGGAAUAUUCCAUUAUGUUAAUGUAAAUGUAAUUCUCUUUAUAGAAUAAGUAACUUGCGUUUUUUUUUUCUUUAAAGGAUUGCAAACGUUAUGGUUAAAUAACCGAAUGUUUAUACGUCACCAAUUUAGACAGUUUACUUACUUAUGCAUUUGCGUCCUUAUAGUUUUUCAUCAAAUUUUUUUUUUUUUUUUUUUUGCAUGCUUACAGUUUAUCAUCUUCAUUCAUCCUUAUACUUUUAGGCUCUUAUUCUUUGGCAUCUUAAACUUUUGCAUUCUUAUACCUUUCACAUAUUCUCUCUCCUUAUACUUUUUCUAGUCAUAUAUUUUCGCGAACGCUCUUUGACCUAUCUCUGAUGAUAAAAAAAAAAGACGAAAAUUAUCUUUGUAAGUACAAAACAGAAAUGACCAAAUCGCACGUUUUAAAUGUAAUUAGUAAAAUGAGCGUUUAGUUUCAAUUAACGUGAUAGAGUAUUCACCUUCUGUGACUUCAAGAUUUAUUUAUAAAUUAUUAUUAUUGUGAAUUAUGUAUUAUUAUUAUUUUUAUUAUUAUUAUUAUUAUCAGUAUUAAAAUGUAAGUGCCUAACCCCAAUGGGUGUCAGUUUUUGUGCGUGGAGAUAAAGUCCCCCACAGAAAUAAAAGUCUUUGGUAGCAGAGAGCAACACUUUUUCAUAGCAAAACAAAUCCUAUCUGAAACAAAAAUGUCUUACGUUCAUACUCUGUAAGUUAUUUUGUGUUAAUUGCAAACAGUCAAGUGGCACUGAUUUGAAGAUGGUUAUUUCAGGUCGAUGCUCGCUCAAUCCUCUGUGCCAAAAAGGAAUAUAAAAUAAACCUUAGAGUAUCCAUAUCUUCCAAAGAUGAUUCCCGGUAAACCAAAGUGUUUUUUUCUAUUGCGUGUAAAUACAAAUAUGGUAUAAUACACGAAUAACAGGUACAUAGGAGAGAGAAGCUUUUGACGACGUUUCUGGCCGACUUAGACCCUUUACAAAGUCACACUAACAUAAGAGAGUAAGGCAGCCAGUAUAUAUAACCGAGGGAGCACUGGGACGGGACCAAGAGAGGAAGAAAAAGUAGUAGUGGCAAGGUAUUGUGCCUUUCUGUUCUUUAUAGGAGAGAGAAGUUGAAUGUGUCUUGUAAAUAGUCCAAGUCACACUAAACCAUCGUCAUUAAAUUCUCUACGUUCGGGUUAUUUAUGAAUUGUUCCAGUCACGGUAUUGUGCCUUUUUCUUCUUCAGAUAUGGUAUAGUUACCCCUAGAUCUGUAUGGGACGCUUUCCAUUAAUUCUUAGAAAGAGAUGCUACUACCGACAGAUGAGAAAAAAUUAUUUAACCGUGGGAUGCUAAAUUAGACCUAAUUCCUCUCAUGUGCUACAGCGGAACUUGAGAAAACCCAGCGGAACCUGGGCAAUAAAUUUUAUCUUGUAGACUAACGCAGGCAGGUCAAGGGCUCUUGAUCCAUGGAAUAGUGGCUACCUUUCCGUGAAUCGAGUCUGACAUUGUCUCUCAUUCCGUAUGGCGCUGAGUGAUCCCUGCUGGUUUAGCGCUCCUCAACCCCCCCCCCUCCCACUCCCAUGAAAUAAGUAAGCCAACUUGCAAAAUACCGACAAGUACGGUAAUACGUGUCGGUAUUUAUUACAGUUAUAACAAAGAAAGCAUUUAUUACACGACAUUUCGCUUAAUGGUAAGUGGUUUUUUUUUUUCAAGUUGUGACUUAGUAAUGAACGUACCGACGAAAUAGCUGAGCAUGAUUCCGCUACUUCAAGGUCAUUCCACUUCCUGACCACAGUAAAACUGAAGAAAUACUUCUUGACAUCCUUGCGACUCUUCCGUGUUUUUAUAUUCCAGUUGUGCUCUCGCAUACCAGUUAAUUUUUGUCAUCUGCAAACAUAUACCAUAAACUGAGCAGGUCCUACUACUGAUCCUUGCGGAACCGAUCUAUUUACUCUUUCCUAUUCUGAUAUCUCUAAUAAUCGCUAUUUGUUUCCUUCCCCUUAGGUACCUUGUUAUUUCCUACCCCUCAGGGACCCUGUUAUUCCGAUUUGUUCCUCGGAUUUUAUCCUAGUCUCUCAUGAGGUACAGCAUCAUAUACCUUCUUGUAAUCGAAGAAUAUGCACUCCACUAAUCCCUCCCUCUCAUGCUUCACUCUAUUACUCUGUCACAGAACUUCAGCAGGAUUGCGAGAUAAGAUUUGGCAUCAUUAAAUCCAUACCGGUUAUUGUUUGUGAGAUCACUCUCUCCUAAUGCUCCGCCACUCUCCUUCUGAUUAAAAUUUUCAUUAGCUUACGCAGAACGAAUUUCAGUGAUACUAGUCUUUAGUUUAUUGAUUUCUGUGCUUAUUUUCUUUAAUGUUGGGAGAGUAUUUGAUGUUUUCCAGAUCUGUGGCAUUUAUCUUAUAUCUAUUGACUCAAAGAUUUUAGUUAAGUAAGACGUAUGGGCAAAAAUUAGGUAUCCUUAUUCCAAAACGUUCCGCCUACACACUAUUCUUAUGUCGAAUACAGAGAAAACAGCAAAAACAGUGGAGGAGUAAAGAUGGUGUAAUUACGCUCGACGAAGUAGUCUUCAAAUGGUGGAUCCUUCAGCCUGGAGAAGAGUUAAGCUGAACUCCUCUCUAGGCUGAGGGACUGGCUACCUCAAAACUACUUCGUCGAGGGAGGACUGAUUACAUCAACUUUACACAUCCACUGGAGGACUGAUUACAUCAACUUUACACCUCCACUGCUUCUGCUGUCGUCUUUAUAUUCGACUGAAGAAGCUUGCUGUGUAGGCAAAACGUUUCGGAAUAAAGAUACAUAAUUUUGCAGAUGUGCCUUAGUAAUCUACAUAUCGGCAUUGUAUACCACUGUUAUAUUCACAAGAUUUUUAGCUGGUGGUUCGGAGCUGCUGUUUCAUGUGGAAUCCGCGUGCGCGAGUGUGUGUGUGUGUGUGUGUGUGUGUGUGUGUGUGUGUGUGUGUGUGUGUGUGUGUACUCACCUA